AUGAGUUCCCUAAAGCCCGCAUCUUCACCGACAGCCGCUGAUAAACCAAUUCCAGACAACGACAGUGUGCGAUCAAAGAACCGAACCGUUUCCAAACGCACGCUCCACAACGAUUUGGAUGAACUCGGUGUGGACGGCGGGGACGAGGAUGCGAAUGAGGAUGGCUGUGUAGUGACUAAUAGAAAACCAACACCACCACCACCAUCACCAUCACCAUCACCACCACCACCACCACCAACAACAACGCAACAACUGCAACAACACAGACCAAAUUUACCACCACCGGUUGUCAUUCAUCGAAGACGUUUUGGCUUACCCGAAUCCAAUGAGAAUAUCUCCCCUGAACCUACAUUACCUCCUGGCUCGGCCGAGGAUGAUAUGGCUCGAUCGCAAUCAACAAAAUCUCAGCCACGUGUCCAGAGGCAAGAACAAAAAACCCACCAACUUGAUCGAUCCAAAUCAAACUCGUUAUCAACCAAUCCGGAACUGAUAGGUUCCAAUCUCAUUCACCCGGACGAGUCGCGAACCUAUGCGAUGUCCUGUCUACCGGAAGUACCUGACUCGGGAUCGGGGAAAACAAUGCCUGCGACCAGCACCAUCACUACUUCCAGUACAACAGAGAGUACCAGUGGGAGUGAGAAUGGUGCAACCGCAGUGCCGAGUGAGAAUCAACCAAUCAAUUUCUCCGUUCCACUACGUUGUACACCGAGUAGCUUGGGGACCAAUGAAAAUGCCAAUAUGCCCCGAGCGGAACAUCGUGGGGUCUAUCGAUCACACAGUAAAGGGAAUUCCGAGACCCAAGGAAUGGCUUCUAUUCGUGGUUGGGAGGCCGAAGAAGAGAAUGACCCCUUACAUGUGCAAACACAACGUCCGACUUCACGUUGGGCUCAACAAGGUUCGCGGGAACCAUCCAGAAACAGGGUUUACUCCAAGGAACGACCAAUUUAA